AUGCCCCCCUCAAGAGCCCUCAUCUACCCGUCCCACGUCCCCGCCAACGCCCGGACAGACGUGCCCCGGCCCUCGCAGUUCGGCAUCACCGACUUCGAGGAGCUCGUGAUCCCGACCAACGACGGCGAGAAGCUCUCGGCCUUUUACAUCCGCGGGCCGCGCGGCGGCCGCAACGCCAACAUCACGGUGCUCAUGUUCCACGGCAACGCGGGCAACAUCGGCCACCGCCUGCCCAUCGCGCGCAUGCUCGUCAACACCAUCGGCUGCAACGUCUUCAUGCUCGAGUACCGCGGCUACGGCCUGUCGACGGGCACCCCGGACGAGUCGGGCCUGGUGCUCGACGCCCAGACCGCGCUCGACUACCUGCGCGACCGCGCCGAGACGCGCGCCCACCGCCUCGUCGUCUACGGCCAGAGCCUCGGCGGCGCCGUCAGCGUCCGCCUCGUCGCGCGCAACCAGGAGGCCGGGGACAUCAUGGGCCUCGUCCUCGAGAACACCUUCCUCAGCAUGCGCAAGCUCAUCCCCAGCGUCAUCCCGCCCGCGAGGUACCUGACGCUGCUGUGCCACCAGGUCUGGCCCAGCGAGUCCGUGCUGCCCAACAUCAACAAGGUCCCCGUCCUGUUCCUGAGCGGGCUGCAGGAUGAGAUCGUCCCCCCACACCACAUGCGCCAGCUCUACGAGAUCUGCGCCGCCCCGUCCAAGAUCUGGAAGCCGCUGCCGGGCGGCGACCACAACUCGAGCGUCCUCGAGGAGGGCUAUUUUGAGGCGAUAUCAGACUUUGUGGCCGACUGCGCGUACAACAACCCCGCCGCCAAGGAGAAGAGGUGA